ACUUCACCUACUGAGACGUCGCUGAAGAGUCAGUUGUCUGCAAAGAUUCCCGCGCGUACAAGUCGUCCUCGCGUUGCUUCGUAAUUUAUCAGCGCACGUCUCUACGAACUGAUCGAGGAUCAGCACUUGAAUUUUUUUUUUGUUAUUCACGGGUGUCCAUGUGCGAGCGCCGCACUAACAUAAAACUUCGAUGGAGAAUAACCUAAUAGGCCCUUUGGAAAUGCAGAGCUACUUGCAUAACUUUUUUUAUCACCAAUAUCGAAUGAAUUUUCAUUAUCAGCAACAAGACGGCGGCAUUUGGUCAGUGCUGAACAAUACAUAUGGUCCAAAACUACCGGACAGUGUUGAGGUAUACUUGGACAACAAAGAUCUUUGGGAUCAGUUUCACGCCGAGACGACCGAAAUGAUCAUUACCAAAACAGGAAGGCGCAUGUUCCCCUCGGUGCAGGUGCGAGUGGCGGGCCUGGAUCGGCGCUCGCGCUACUGCGUGCUCAUGGAGUUGGCCCAGGCGUCCUCGCGCCGUCACAAAUACGUCGGCGUAGGCGGAGACGCGAACGGCCGCCCCGGCCAGCGCAGGGGCUGGACGAUCGCGGGGCCCGCGGAGCAGCAGCCGCCGAUCGAGAGGCGCCUCUACAUCCAUCCGGACAGCCCUGCCAGUGGCGCCCACUGGAUGCUGCAUCCGCUCAACUUCAAUAAACUCAAGCUCACCAACAACGUCCUCGACGCCAACAAUAACAUCCUGCUAACGUCCAUGCAUAAAUACAACCCACGCAUCUGGAUCAUCCGUUGCGACAAUUUGGCAAAUCUACGCAGGGACAUUUACGAGAGCCCCUCGAAAAGUUACCUAUUUAAAGAAACGGAAUUCAUCGCAGUGACGGCUUACCAGAACGAGAACAUAACGAAGCUGAAGAUCGAUAACAAUCCGUUCGCCAAAGGAUUUCGCGAGACGGGCCAGUCGGCGUGCAAGCGCAAGAGGCGCCUGCAGAACGACGACCCGAGUAACAUGUCGGAAGGCGAAGAGGAAGGCAAUGUAUCGUCCGACUCGGACUCGACCGAGUCGGCGGCACCCAAGAGAGCGAGAAGCAGCGAGACCGAUGCCGAGAGCAAUUGCAGUGUGAGCAGCUCGGAUAGGGAUGCGGUCACGUCGCCGGACCUGCAGAGGGAAAAUACACGGCCGAGGUUGCACAGACCUUGGUGCGACAACGAAAACGAGGCUACUGUUGUGUCGGACAGUUUGAGAUGCGACAAGGCGAUUGAGCAGCAGCAAGCGCAGCUCAAUUUUCUGAACGAAGCGCACUCAGCACAGUAUCAUCUCAUGGCGUUCGAGUUGGCUAAGAUGCGACAGACUCCAUAGGAUUAUGCCUACGUUGCGCAGCACUUGGACUCGAAGAGAUAGAUUAUGGCUUUUUUUGUCAUUUUAUUGAACAUAGAUAUGAGCGAUUACUAUUCGUUAUUGCAUGAUAAUUUAUCGGACUUUUUUUCUUUAUAAAUUGACAUUUUGCUGGAAAUAAGAUUUGUCUUUUGUAUGAUACACCUCACACGUAUUAAUGAAAUGAGAAGCACACGUACGUUGGCUAGUUCGAACGUCGAGGUGAACGAGGAAUUAAUUUAAAAUUAAUUUCGUAAGUCCUGCCUUCGAGUUGUGUCGAAAUCAUUAGAAAUAUUGUCUUUCGGUCAUAUGAAGUAAACUUAUGUCCAGCGUCUUUUAUUAAUUGUAGAUAGUUUACUAAGUUAUAUCGUUUUAGAUUUAUAUAUUGUUAUCAAGUUCAACCGAAACAUUCAACGAAGCGUUAAAUUUUUUGAUAUUUGUGGUUAUGAAAUUUAUGGAAUUUCAUAUAACUUUGUUUAUUAUUCUUGUCAUUAAAUUCCUAAUUGUAUUUAACUGUCAUCAUAACAAUAAGCAGAUGUACGUGCCUUUCUAGUUUUUACAGUUUUAUACAUAUUCGUCGAAGACGAUUUGUUAAAGCAUAAGGAAUAAGAAUUAAGUAUCGUUACAUUUCUAUGUGACAACGUAUUAAUUGUAAAUAAAGAUGUGCGAGUGAUACGAGGAAAAAUAAAUGAGUGUCUCAGUUAAAAUGUACAAAACUUUAGCUACGUAAUCAUUCGAAUUUUAAUAAGUUACCUCUUGGCGUUCAUUGAAACAUGUUGGAUUAUAAUAAACAAUGUGUUCUGUGAAA